AAUUCUAUAUCCGUGAUGACCGAAUGUCGAGGGGUGGCAAGUAGACAUUUGGAAUUGUCUCCAACAAUGCCGAAUCCUUCUAUUGAUUCUUCUUUUAAUCCUCCUGGUUUCAAUUGGUUCGACCUUCUCGACACCGUUCAUGCUAUCUCGCUCUCUCCCACGACUCGGAGCCUCCGGAACUCUCAAAACGGCUUCUCGAACAUUUAGCUCUCAGGCAAUACGCCUCCAGAAAAUGGCCGCGCACCUGAAUUCAGGCAGCGGUGAUGCUGCUGCUGCUGCUGCUGCUGCUCAGGAUGGAGUCCCAAAUUCCCCAGCCGGAUAUACGCUCCGCGACCUACCGAAAUCGUCCGUCUUCACCUCCGCCCUCCCUGCCGACCCAGAUUUCCCCACCCCGCAAUCCUCGCAUUCCGCACCGCGCUCCAACCUGGGCCCCCGUCUCGUCAAGGGGGCUUUCUACACAUUCGUCCGGCCCGAAGGUGUCGAGUCGCCCGAGCUGCUCGGCGUGAGCAAGGCGGCGCUCCGAGACAUUGGAAUUGCGGAAUCGGAGGUGGACAAUCCCGAGUUCCAAGAGGCGGUGGCGGGGAAUAAGACGUUGACGUGGGAUGAAGAGAAGCAGGAAGGCAUAUAUCCGUGGGCGCAAUGCUAUGGUGGAUAUCAGUUUGGGCAGUGGGCGGGCCAGCUCGGUGAUGGGCGGGCGAUUUCGCUGUUCGAGUCGACGAAUCCGCAGACCGGGAAACGGUACGAAAUACAGCUAAAAGGCGCGGGGAGGACGCCGUAUUCCCGGUUUGCAGAUGGCAAAGCCGUGCUACGGUCGUCGAUUCGGGAGUACGUCAUCAGCGAGUAUUUGAACGCCAUCGGCAUCCGCACAACGAGGGCGCUGUCGCUUACCUUGGCACCGAAUUCCAAGGUCCUCAGAGAAAGGCUCGAGCCUGGAGCGAUUGUAUGCCGGUUUGCCGAGAGUUGGGUGCGCAUCGGGACGUUCGAUCUGCAAAGAGCCAGAGGCGACCGAGACAUGGUGAGAAAACUGGCGGAUUACGUCGCGGAGAAUAAUUUUGGAGGAUGGGAUAAGCUGCCGGGAACCGUGGCGGGGACCACCAAAGCCGAAGAUUUCGAAACACCCAGGACGGGAUUGGGGAAAGACGAGAUCGAAGGGGAAGGCGUGAAGGCACAGAAUCGGUAUGUUCGGCUCUACCGGCAAAUUGCGCGAGCCAAUGCCCGUUCGGUGGCGGCAUGGCAGGCAUAUGGAUUUAUGAACGGCGUGCUGAACACCGAUAAUACGAGCAUUAUUGGUUUAUCGAUGGAUUACGGACCGUUCGCGUUCUUGGAUAGCUUCGAUCCCUCAUAUACCCCGAAUCACGACGAUUACAUGCUUCGAUACAGCUACAAGAACCAGCCCACGAUCAUUUGGUGGAACCUUCUUCGUCUCGGAGAAUCGCUUGGCGAGCUGUUGGGUGCGGGUGCGAACGUCGAUCACACGGAGUUCGUCGAAGCCGGCGUGCGCAAGGAGGACGCGGAUGAACUCAUCAAGCGAGCGGAAGAGGCCAUCGAGAAAACCGGCGAGGAGUACAAGACGCUGUUCAUCGAGGAGUACAAGCGCCUCAUGGCUGCCAGAUUUGGGUUGAAGCAAUUGAACGGGACGUUGAGCCCGGAGGCGGGCAAAUCCGAAGGAGGCGAUUUCGAUUCCAUCGUCAGCGAGGCGCUCGAUACCAUGGAAGCCCAUGAGCUCGAUUUCAACCACUUCUUCCGGCGUCUUUCCGACCUCAAGACGACGGAGCUCGAGACUGAAGAGCAGAGGAAAGAUAUUGCCGGGCGGUUCUUUUCCAGCAACGGGAUUGGUGGAGAUGAAAGCGAGGCGCGUCAACGGUUAUCGAACUGGUUGGACAAGUGGAGGGCGAGGGUGGUGGAAGACUGGGCAGAUCUAGCCGACUCGGACCGGAUUCGCGCCAUGAAGUCGGCAAACCCAAAUUUCGUUCCACGGUCAUGGAUCCUCGACGAAAUCAUCGAGCGGGUUGAGAAGAAGGGCGACCGAGAUAUUCUCCCGGGAGUCAUGGAGCUUGUACUCAACCCCUUUGCCGACACCUGGAACUGGAACGAGAAAGACGAAGGCAGAUUCGUGGGCGAUGUUCCAAAGUACAAGUCGAUGCUCCAGUGUAGUUGCAGCUCCUGAGUUAAUUUGGAGGAGAUGGGGAUCGUCGCCAUACAUGUUGGGGAAACGGAAGAUGGACUCUAGAUGGGCUCUUUCCCUGACUUACAUAUCAUAUGAUACCAUGUACUCAAUCAUGAUCUACUCACUGCAACCGAUUUCACUCAUA